UAGCACGCUGAAUUUCACAUUUCCACCACAAGAAAAAAGAAGAGACAAAAGAAACGCAGACGACCUUUGCUGAAGUGCGUGAGAUACCACCGAAAAAACGAGCUAAAUCACUUAAAUGCUGAUUAACCGCCAGCCAAACGAUUGAAAGCAACGGCAGCCAGGCGAACGCCGCAUAAACCUGCCGACAAUUACGUGAACCAACGCAAGGGCACCCGUGCAAUUGGCAUUUUAAUUGGCGACUUUAGCUGCGAACGGCGCGCCGAAAAUGGUCAAUUCGUCUGGCAGCGAGGAUGGCCAGCUGCGGAGCCCCAACGAUGUGCACUAUCACAGGCCAAAAAGUGUGUACUUGUCCCAAGACCGAGGCGCGCGAUGGCCAACAACAAACCUAAUAAUAAUCGUAAUAAAAGUAAAAAUAAAAACCAACCAAAAAAAAAAAAAAAAACAAAAAUGCUAAAUAAAAACGAACGAAAAAGUGCAAGCUAGAUGCAAAAUUCGAGUUUAAAACUGUGCACCUGCAGUGUCAACGGCAGACGGGACCCAAUCUUCUCAAGCCAACCUACAUUAAUCUCGCUUGACCCGCCGCUGUCAAGUUAAUUGUGUUCCGAGAACCGAAUACAGAAAACCCGAGAUUCGCAAUAGAGAUCCGAUAAGCUCCGAACCGAUGGAUCGAUCAAUUCGAUCCCUCUCAUGUGCUGCUGGCGCCGAGGCGAGGAGGAUGAGCACGAGGUCGACGCUGAUGCUUUGUACAUACAACCACCGCAGGCCAGCCGAGAAUCAGGAUCCGGUUCCAGGCGUGAGAAGAAGAAACAUUCCCGCGAGCGUCGACGCCACAAGGAGCGUGAAGACGUGGGCGGUGCUGCACUAGGACUAGAACGGGAUCAUCGAUAUGACUAUCGGAGCCGGGAGGAGCACUACCACCACCACCAUCGCGAACGGAGCAGCAACGCGGCUGCAGCUUAUGCGAAACACCACCUAGGCCAUGCCUACCAUUACCCUCAGCCGCCUCAACAGCAGCAACAGCCUCUACCGCCGGCGCCCAGCUAUGCUGCCCACCAUUAUCAUCAUCACCAACAUUUAAGUGGAGCUCGACCUUCUCCCCGCGAUUACCAUUCCCAUCCAUCGGGCUAUCAUUCGGGCAGUCGACACGGCGAGUACCCAAUGGAGGAGCCAACGCGACGCAGCAGUAAAUACGAGGAGAGCAAGGAUGCUGAGAGCCUGGAACAGGAUCUGCGAUCGAGGUUGCUAAAAAAGCGGCAUAACUACGUUAAGGAUUAUGAAACGGAGGAGAACUAUGAGCAUCGGGUCGAGAGAAGUGAUCGCCGGGAGGGAGGACGCAAAGAGCGGGAGCGGACUGGGCGAAGUACCCACAAGCAAAACCGUCACGACCGAGUCAUUGAGCUGCUGGACAGUCCUGAGCAGGAGCACCACCAUCAGCACCAGCACAAAUCGCAUCGCAGCAAGUGGCGCGAGGAGGUUGAGGUCAGCAGACGAAAGGUGCCCGAGGACUUGGAGCUGUUGGCUCGCAGGGAAAAACUUCUUGCCGCUGAACGGGAAAGCCGCCAGCGAAAACAGACGGCUCGUGAGGAACUGGAGGCUCGGCGGGAGUUGCUCCGCGAGCGAAACGAGCACAGUGAUGCACUUAGUCCAACAACAGUGGCUGCAAGUGUAACCGCAGGUCUGAACAUUCAUGUGAAGAGGAAGUCCAAGCCGGAUGACUAUGAGAAGGAAAUCAAACUCAAAAAACGGCGGGAGGAGGAUAUCGAGGUUAUCCGAGAUGAUGACGAUGAGGAAAGCGAGGAGAGCGACUCAAACGAGGAGGUUCCUGAGCAGGACAGCGCAGGAAGCGCAACAGAAUCUGGAAGUGAAGACAGCUAUGCUAGCAAAAAGAAGAGCAAGAUUAAAUCCAAGUCUCAAUUGGAAGACGACGACGAGGAUUUACCCUUGCCCGACAGUCCACUUAGCGUGGGUGAGCUAUACAAGUCGCCCAAGCAACGUCAGCGAUCUCGCUCUGUGAGCUCCAAGAGCAGCUCCCAGUCCAGCCGAAGCACUCGGUCCAGAUCCCGUUCUAGAAGUCAAAGCAGCCUGGAGGAUGAAGUAGAUCGGCAAGACGCGGGGGCAGCUGCCUCACCCAGCAGCUGCACGCGUAGCGAGGAACGCGGAAUGACCCAAGAGCAGACGGAAGAGAAGUCCGAGGAGAAACUCAAAGAGAAACAAAAGUCUUUGGAGGAGCAAAUUCCGUGCGAUGACAAGGGCGUUCCCCUGCCCAACUAUUACCCCGGUGUGCAGGGCUGCCGGUCUGUGGAGGAAUUCCAGUGUCUAAACCGCAUUGAAGAGGGAACCUAUGGAGUGGUAUACCGAGCCAAGGACAAAAGAACCAAUGAGAUUGUGGCUCUUAAACGUCUGAAAAUGGAGAAGGAAAAGGAGGGAUUUCCCAUAACAUCACUCAGGGAGAUCAACACUCUUCUCAAGGGUCAGCACCCGAAUAUCGUGACCGUUCGCGAGAUCGUGGUCGGAUCCAACAUGGAUAAGAUAUUUAUUGUGAUGGACUAUGUAGAACACGACCUGAAAUCCCUGAUGGAAACGAUGAAGAAUCGUAAGCAGAGCUUUUUCCCCGGAGAAGUGAAAUGCCUGACGCAGCAGCUUCUGCGGGCGGUGGCCCACCUCCAUGACAAUUGGAUAUUGCAUCGUGACCUGAAAACCUCCAAUCUCCUCUUGUCCCACAAAGGAAUUCUCAAGGUGGGUGAUUUCGGAUUGGCCAGGGAGUAUGGAUCGCCGAUCAAGAAGUAUACCUCACUUGUUGUCACUCUCUGGUAUCGUGCACCCGAGCUGCUUCUCUGCUCGCCGGUUUACUCCACGCCCAUAGACGUCUGGUCGGUGGGCUGCAUUUUCGCCGAAUUCUUGCAGAUGUUGCCGCUCUUUCCGGGAAAAUCUGAAAUCGAUGAGCUUAACAGGAUCUUUAAGGAAUUGGGCACUCCGAACGAGAAGAUCUGGCCCGGAUACACCGAGCUCCCCGCCGUGAAGAACAUGUUGUCGCAGAACUCUCAGUUCACCGAGUAUCCCGUCUCGCAACUGCGCAAGCACUUCCAGGAGAAGACCUCUGAAAUGGGUUUGUCGCUGCUGCAGGGUCUGCUCAUGUACGAUCCGAAACAAAGACUGAGCGCCGACGCGGCACUAAAGCACGGCUUCUUCCAGGAGCUGCCAUUGCCCAUCGAUCCCUCCAUGUUUCCCACUUGGCCGGCCAAGAGCGAGUUGGGAGCCCGUAAGGCGCAAGCCUCGUCCCCCAAACCGCCGUCCGGUGGCUCGCAGUUCAAGCAGCUAGGCCGCGACGAGCCCAUCAUUGUGGGACCGGGAAACAAGCUCUCAUCUGGGAUUAUCACUGGCAACAAGAAGAGCCACGGAGCUGGUGGAUCGUCGGCUAGCACGGGAUUUGUCCUGAACGCUGGACUAACGCAACGCCAGUUGGCCAUGGGACCGGGAUUCAGUCUGAAGUUCUGAUUCUGUGUGUUUUUAGCCCAUUACGAUUACGAUUAAUUGUUAUGUAUAGUUAGCGAUGUAAGUGAAAAAUUUCGUUUAAUUGUAUGUGUAUAAAUAUUGUUCCAUAUAUAAUUUAAAAAGCCAUAUAAAACAA